CCUCCCCUUUCGGCCGUGAUAUAACCGGGAGGCGGGUUCGUCAUUACGGUUCGACCCGGGUCCGAUCGGGUUGGUGGACUUGUCCCAGCGGCUCGUGUCAGAAUGUCCCGGGUGCUGAUCGUGGGAGCGGGUCUCACCGGCAGCUUGUGCGCAUGUCUGCUGAGGAGAGAGCUGCAGGUCAAAGUUCACAUUGAGGUGUGGGACAAGGCCAGGGGCUCAGGAGGCAGGAUGUCCACCACUCGUCCUCCAGAAUCGCCUCACUCUCACUCAGCUGAUCUCGGAGCUCAGUACAUCACGGCGACGCCGGCGUACGCUCAGUCGCACCACAGUUUCUACUCAGAGCUGCUGUCCUCCGGUGUCCUGCAGCCCCUCCUCGGUCAGGUCGAAGGUCUGAGGCACAGAGACGGCAGCAGUGACUACGUGACGCCACUGGGCAUGUCCAGUGUGGUCAAACACUUCCUGUCUGAGUCAGGGGCUGAUGUGUUCUUCGAGCGUCAUGUGACCGGCCUGCACCGCCGUGGUGCAUCAUGGGAGGUUGAGACGAAGGCGGGAGUCAGCGAGAUGUUUGACGCGGUCGUCCUGACGAUGCCGGUCCCUCAGAUCCUGCAGCUGCAGGGAGAUGUGGGACAACUGCUGUCUGUACAGCAGAGGCAGCAGUUAGACGGGGUCGUGUACUCGUCUCGAUUCGCCGUCGCUCUCUUCUUCUCUCCGGACGUCGUCUUCAAUUUCUCAUGGUCGGCUCGAUACGUCUCCAGCAACCGCUGCAUCUGCUACAUCGCUGCGGACGGCCGCAAACGCAACGCAGACGCCACCGGCCUUGGCCCGUCCCUCGUCGUCCACACCUCUGCCCCGUUUGGCCUGGAGAACCUGGAGCGAGACAAGGACGACGUGCAGCCAAUCAUCUUACAGGAGCUGCAGCAGCUGAUCCCUGAUCUGCCUCAGCCAAUCAGCAUAAAGUGCCAGAAGUGGCGGUUCUCCCAGGUGCUGACGUCAGUGCCGGACUGUCCGGGUCACAUGACCGUCCUCGACCGGCCGCUGCUCGUCUGUGGCGGCGAUGCCUUCUCUCACUCCAACUUCGAUGGCUGCGUGGAGUCGGCGCUGAGCGUGCUCAGUGUGCUGAAGGCCUCGGUGAGACAGGAAGUGGAGGAUGUGACCCGAUGCUGACUCCAUCAAUAAUCAAUCAUCAUCAGGAGUUGAUAGAAUGAAGGGUUUGAUUAUAUGAUCAUUGAAAUAUUUUGGUCUUUAAAUAAAUUUCUGAAGCUAUA